AUGAAAUCAUCAUCAGGAACUUCAACUCCAUCUGCUAAUAAAAAUCAUUCAUCAAACGCAUUAAAAUCAACUAUAGAUAUCCUCCAAUCCAUGGAACCUACUCCUACACCAUCGUCUUCUGAUGAGAAAUCAACCAUAACCAAUAACCAUACUCCCAAUACCAACAAUAAUAAUAAUUCUCAUGAAAUCACCUCAUUGACAUUGGAACAAGUAAAUGAUGAUGCCGAUGAAUUAAUAGAGUUAAGAGGAGAAGGAAGAUACUUUGGAGUUAUAGAUCCUAAGUCUGGAGAUUCCAUUAAUCAAGCUCAUGCAUUGGGUCCUUUAUGUGCUAAUUGUCAUAAACGAGGUCAUAUGAGAGCUAAAUGUAAAACUGUUGUAUGUCAUAAAUGUGGUGUAGUGGGAGAUCAUUAUGAAACUCAUUGUCCUACUACUUUAAUAUGUUCAAGAUGUAAUGAAAAGGGUCAUAUGGCCAUAGAUUGUACCAAUAAGAAUAAAAAACGUCAAUAUUGUCUGACUUGUGAUACGUUUAGUCAUAGUUUAGAUAAUUGUCCAACCAUUUGGAGAUCUUAUAUUGUUAUUCCAAAUCCAGAUUUAGCAGAAACAAACCAAUUAACAGAAAAUGAUUUACCAAUAAUAUAUUGUUAUAAUUGUGGAAGUGAUGAACAUUAUGGAGAUGAUUGUACAAGUUUUAGAACUUCUAGAGUACCUAAUUUUGGUAGUGCUUUUUCAGGAAGAAAUUUACCA